AUGAUCUCAGACUCCCUCAGAGGCUCAAAAGCUCCUAGCAAGGCGGCUACCAAACCACUGAAAAGAGGGAGAGCAUGCAUGAGCUGCAGAUUUUUAAAGAUUAAAUGCGAUGGCGAGAAACCUGUGUGUGGUCCUUGUCGCAAUCAUCCCAGAGAUGACGAGUGCGAAUACUCGGAUGGUCCAGGGAGGUCGAGAACGAAAACAUUAGAGGAACAGGUUUCGCGCUUGGAAGCACGGAUACUUGAACUAGAACAUCCAGACAGUUCAACACCCUCUGUUGUCCUGCACGAUCCAUAUCCAAGUCCGUUCCAGGUUGAGCGUCAUUCAAAAUCACCUCCUCUGCAUCUCCCUGAACAUCCUCCCGCAUUCGCUCCACUAUCUCCGUUUUCUCCGACUUCGACUACGUCGAGUCUUCCUUCUGGUAGGCACUGGAACAAAUUUUCAGCACUUGGGGAAAAAACUGAACUAACAGGGUCGAGUGGAUCCUCUACUUCACCAAUUCGUCAUCCGGUAGCUAUGCCAUAUCUUGGUGCCGAGGGUCAAGAAAGUGCUCUUUUAAUACGGGCCGUGCAGCAUGUCUCCACAGACUUGAUGGGUACACACCCCAACAAAGUUAUUCAUACGCUUCAGGCCGAAGUCCUUCUUGCGUAUUACUUUCUUCGAACAGGCUCGCUGUUGGAAGCAAAGUGUCGCACGGGAACAGCAAUAUCUCUAGCUUUGGGCUCAGGAUUGCAUAAAAUUCGUUCAGCCAACUUUUUGGUCCCUUCGACCAUAAGCAUUGGCUCUCAUGACCAAGCACAUUUGCUACCUCAUCCCUCUGAUGCUCUGCAAGAAGCUGAAAGGAUUAAUGGGUUUUGGGCGGUACUUGUACUCCAUAAGUUUAUCACUGUGGCUUUGGAGGUGCCAGCGCAUGUUUGUGGUGCCCUCGAAGCUCCAGGCAUGCUAAUAGAUACUCCAUGGCCCAUCGAUAUAGAUCAAUUUGAAGAGGGUAUCAUACCACCAGAAUUACAAGGUAACUCGACUGUCAGAGCCUUUUUGAACGGUUAUCUUGUCGACAAUCAUAAUGGCGAAUCUUCCACGGCCUUGGUCGCCAAAGCUGCCAUUCUCUUUCAUCGGGCAGCGCAUCUGACCGGACAAUGGUCCCCUAGUAUGCACAUUCCAUCUCUCAUUGUGGCAAUAAUUAACUCCAUGAUUUUCGAAGACAUGACACCCAGAGAUAAAGUUGCUUAUGACGCCGCUGCGAAAUCUGUGAAUACUUUGCUGGAGACCUUCCGCGCGAAACUUGGUGUUAGACCCCGCCUCAAUCCCCAAGAUCCCUCGGUUCGAACCAUUUUACUGAUUCAUGCACUCGUUGAUGCCGCGUCGAUAAAGCUGCAUUGGAUAUUCUCAUAUGCAUACCCGGAAUCAAAGCAAAUUUGUCUAUCUGCUGCCCGGAACAUAGUAAACUAUGGAGACUUCGAUCUCCAAGGUUUGACGAUAAUCAACCCGAUAAUGGGUAACUUGUGGAUGACGGCUUGCUUAGUAUUUGUCGACGAAAUCUCAAGAGCACGGCAGAUGCGAUCUGGAUGGCCGGAACAUGCAUCAGUCGAAGAAGAGUUGAUGGAAAGUUAUCGUAGUGGUCUUAAGGCUAUGAGCCUAUUUUCACAAGAUAGCGUUCUGAUGCGUUAUCAGCUAACUAAAGUUCAGGAAGCAUUUGAAGUUAUUUGA